AUGCCGCUGCUGCCUCUCUCUUCCACGCUCACGAGUGGAGCGUGGGGAAACCCCACUUCGUCCAUCACUGCCUUCAAGGUGCGCGAGAAGCAUGAGGCGGGCAUGCGCCUGCUACAAGGCGGGCUCGUCUAUGAGGCAAUCCAGAUCUUCCAGGAAGCGUCCUUCUUUGACGCCGAAAACGUACGGCCCAUCGUGGCGCUCGCUGAGUGCUACGUCUUCCUGUGCGACCUGCGGUCCGCCGUUCGCUGCUACCGGCGGGCACUGUUGUCGCUGCACAAGCAAGAUCUGGAUGACUACUGCCGCCGUGCUAACGAAACCCCGACCGACGCUGUCGAUGAGGUUUCUGCCACAAACAACUGUCGCGUCGUCGCGUCGAACUCACCCGAGAGGACGUGGCGGAAUAGUGGUGGCGAAAUGCACCCCUCUGACGUUCCAGAUGAUGAGAGAGGGUCACGGGAGGCUCGCCUGGAGACGGCACAGGACCCCGCGCCUGCGUCCUUCCAGUCUGUCGGAGGUAGCAGUCCGCCAGACCACUCUAUACAAGGCCUUGCGGACAGUCUACAGUCAGCGGAGAUGGCCGCGCGCUUCUCCAUGUACCAGCCUUCUCAAGCUAAAUCAGUCGACUCGGCUGCGAGCGAGGUUCCCGCGACGACGCCGAGCCUACCUGCACCAGGUGCUGCACCCACCGUGAAGGACAUACGCGCGCGCCUUGCGGGAGUGCUCGACGCCCUGGGACUGUCUCUGUAUCAGCUCGGCAGCGUCGACCAAGCUCUGCGUUGCACCACCGAGGCCCUGGAGAUGCUGGACGCCGCCGCACAGGUGGGCGAGGGUGAGGACAAGGACGUGUCCUCGAGCAAGUUGCCACAGUUCCUGGCCGACCCGACGAUUGCGCUGCAUCGCGGCGUGUACCUCAUGGCGCUGCAACGCGACGAGGAAGCAGAGGCGCUGCUUGAGGAUCACUUCGCCAUCUUUCCGCACUGGCGUCCUCAGACAGCCGCGCUUCUGGUUCAGCUCUACUGCAACCGUCAAGCCUUCCGCAAGGCGCGAGUGCUGCUGGAGGCGCAGGAGGAGAAGGAGGCGUGUAACACGGACUCGAGCAAGGCGCCGACCGAAGCCCACGGCAACGUCGAUGAGGGACUGUGUAGCGCACGACGGAGUACUCUGGCCCCGUCGCUGCCGUCCAGCACGGACGCACUGGGGUCGCUGGCGGUCGCCAAAUACCUCUUCACCGAGCUGUAUGCGCGCUACCGCACGGCAGCGCUCGCGAGCAACGAUGAGGCCAGCAUCACCCGCUGCCUCAGCAUUUACUCGAAUGACUUUGACCUGCUGUUCCGUCGAGCGCAGCUGAGCGUCGCGGCGGGGAAGUACAAGCAGAGCGUUAAGGACCUGUUCCGCUGCGUGCGAGAGACGAACGGUGAACACAAGGAGGCGAUCGAGGUGAUGACGACGGUGCUCUUCAAGAUUGGCUCCUCCUUGAACGGCGAGGCCGAGGUUCAGGAUGCGGUUACCUACUACUCUGAGUCGCUCAAGUGGCGCCCGGACAACGUGCUCGUGCUGUUGGCGCGUGGCGACUGUUAUACCAAAAUAGAGUGCUUUGAGGAGGCGCUCGCGGACUACGAGGCGGUCCUGGGCCUGGAGCCAGACCAGCGUGACGCGCGACAGCGAAUCGCCUCGUUGCACGACCUGUGGGGCUGCAAGCUCUUCGCCCAAAACCAGCCGGUGCAGGCGGAGGCGGAGUUCACCAACGCUAUCAAGACGGACGGUCGGAACCCGCAGUUUUACUAUCACCGUGCCCUCUGCCGCCUCAAGCUCGAUCAGGGACGCUACGCGUUGCGCGAUGUGCUCUCCUGCAAGGAGCUCCACCCUACCACACCGCAUCUUCGCGCCUUUAUUGCGCGGUACCUGGAGCCGGUGCAGCCGCCGGAGGCCAGCCAACGCCGCAACACACCGCAGGCUCCCAAGAGGCGAGUCGUGGCGGCCUCCGUGUGCGAGGCUCGCACGCCGCCACCACUUGGUGACUGCGAUGAACCGCCCGCGUUGCAGCGGAGGCGUGAUAGGGACACGGACGACACCUUGUCGCACCCCGCCAACGGUGGUGCCUCGACAGCAACUGGGGUGCUCCCCAGGAUCCAGCGCCGGGCAUCGUUGCAAAAACGCUCUGCCGUCGUGGGGUGGGUGCAAGGCUGUCAAACGAUGCUUCACCAACGCGAGACAGGGGCGCAUGCCCCCGUGAAAUAG